CUCGCCGCGCAACAUCAUCACCUGGCGACGCCAUUUUGUAAACACUCGUAGUCAGUUUGGAUGCCUCCUGCGAUUCUAAUGUGAUGGAUAGUCUUGUGAAGGUGCAUGGAAGUGGCGGCUAUGACUCCGAUUUCAGUGAUGACGACGGACAAGGAGAGUCCUCAGAGAGAGGACUUAAAAGGAAACAUGAGGAGGAAAUCUUACAGAAACCAUUUAAAAAAGGUCGGUAUUCCCAGGCGGCUCACCGGAGUUUUCACUCCAGUGAACUGGACAGAGAGGAAGCCAGGAACAGAAGAGCCCAUCUGAUAUCGAUGAAUGCUUUUGAGCGACAUAAGAAGUUUGUCGGUGACUACAUACUUUAUUAUGGAGGACAGAUGACCGACUUCAAACGUUCUGCAUCCAAAGACAAAACGGAUGUGGAUGUGCUGCGUGAGAAUCAUCGCUUCCUCUGGAGGGAUGAGGAUGAGGAUGACAUGACAUGGGAGAAAGAUUUGGCCAAGAAGUAUUACGACAAACUGUUUAAAGAGUACUGCAUAGCUGACCUCAGCAGAUACAAGGAAAACAAGUUUGGAUUUCGUUGGCGGACUGAAAAUGAAGUUGUCUCCGGCAAAGGUCAAUUCCAGUGUGGAAACAAACGCUGUGAGAAGCAGGAAGGCCUAAAAAGCUGGGAAGUGAAUUUUGCCUAUGUAGAACAGGGCGAGAAGAGAAACGCAUUGGUCAAACUCAGACUAUGCCCUGAAUGCUCGUUCAAACUCAAUUACCACCACAAGAGAAAGGAGGUGAAGGCAAAGACAAGGACUAAAGGGGUUUCAGAGGAGAACCAGGAGCCAUUAGACAAGAAAAAGAAGAAGAAGAAGAGGAAGAGAUCAUCCUCGCAUUCCAAGAAGCACAAACACAAAGACAAACAUAAGAGGCACAGGGCUCAAUCCACCUCUUCCAACAGCUCGGUGGAGUCGCGGGACUCGGACAAAGACUCCGAGGUUGGGGAUGAGCCAGAGGGCCAAUCAGAAGCUGACCACUGGCGAGGGCCCGCCCCUGCGGUCGAGGAAAAGUCAAGGGAGGAGGAGUUUGAUGAGUACUUUGAAGACAUGUUUCUUUGACUCUGCUGGAAUCAGCGGCAUCCCUGCUGUGACUACACUUUCUUCUGUGCUCCGCUGACAUUAAACAAGUUUCUUUUUGAGUGCAUGUAGAUGUAUCUGACUGUAUGUUCAAGGAGUGCUACCGAAAUAAACACAAUGUUUACCCUGUAA